UCGGGAUUCACUUCAUGACGAAACCCGCACCUUGACUGAGGGGUUUUCGCUUCUCCCCCCAAAAGGACGUAUUUAUCUGUUCUGAAACGACUCGUAUCUGUUUUAAAGGGAUUUUAUCUGAGUGGGAAGCUGAACUUGAAGGCGGCAUGGAGUGACACAGGAGUCAUGGAUGUCUUCCCAUUGGGAAUACUUGGUGUGCUACCUUUGAGUGGAAAUUGUGGGAAUACUCUUACUCCAGAGACAUUGGUGUAGAUACUGAACUAGAGCUUUCCACUUCAGGGCUUCUCAACAGCUGGACUGCUUCAUCCUAUUCUGUUUGCAUCUCUUCUCUUCUCCUUUCUUUAGUCAUCUUCUCGUUCGCUUGUGUUUUCAUCUCUUCUGUUUGCAUCUUUUCUUAUCUUCUCCUCCUUUGCCCAGUCCUUUGUUCUGUUCUGUACGGUUCCCUUCUCUUUCUGCCCUCUUUUUUCUCUCUUUCUUUCUGCCUCUCUGUCCACGCUGUUGCAGGAGUUGUCUCUGUGUUGCUCCGGGCGACAGCAGGUGUCAGACAUGUCCACCAAGGCUCCGAUCUACCUGAAGCGGCGGAGUCGUAAAGGAAAGAAGGAGAAGCUGAGGGACCUGCUGUCGUCCGACAUGAUCAGCCCUCCGCUGGGAGACUUCCGCCACACCAUCCACAUUGGCAGCGGAGGAGGAGCCGAUGACCUCUUCGGCGACCUCUCUUUCCUCCAGGGCAAGUUUCACCUGUUGCCCGGGCAACAAGGUCACCAGGGGGCAUUCCAGUUCAACCGCACAGCCAGCGUGAGCACCAGCCACCCGCCGGCCAGCGAGAGCUCCCCUCUGCUGAAGAACGCCUUGUCACUUCCAGUCAUCGGCGGAGUGCAGGCGCUCACCCUGCCUGCCCAGACCACCUCGGCCGCGACGGUCUCCUCCCGCUCUCACCCCUCGACAACAGCAGUGGCGUCCGCGUCUCUCGCCCCGCCUCCGAAACCUCCACGACUGCACCUGGAGUCGCCGCACGCAUCACGUCCUGCUUCUCCGAACCCCAAACCUCAUUCAGACGCAAGGGGGGAGGAGAAACGAGGGAGGAAAGAAGGCGAGGAAGAGGAGGAACGCCCCUUUCUUUCUCACGCAGGGUCACUCCUCUCUUUGCACCUGGACUUGGGGCCGUCCAUCCUGGAGGAGGUCCUGCAGAUCAUGGAUGGCCCAAGGGUGGGAGGGAUCAAUGGAGGAUUCACAGCCAGCGGACGACAAGAGAUCUACACCUGAGGGAGAAAGAGAGACAGUGAAAUGCCUCACAUUCUCACUAUCUAUGAUACAUUGUUGUAAUUGUGGGCGUCACAGCUGGCAGAACAGUGGGGCUGACGGCCUCCAAGUGAAUCCUGAACUGAAAAAACAUUGUUUCUACGUAAUUAGUGUUAUAACUAAAUGAACAAUGGUAAAAUAAUAAGUAUAAAUAAUCGAAAAACAACAAGAGGCUCUCCCCCACACUUCCUUGGAGGGGUCGGGGCCCCCACAGAGAUGGAAUACCCCCUACUUGUAAUCCUCCUUCUUCUGCUGGCUCACAUGGGUGCUGGAUAGAAUAGUAACAAGGCCUGUCACGAUUAUUAAAUAAUUAGCGAAUUGUUUAGGCUGACGUCGCUCCACAGCUGUCAGCUUUCACGGUCAUGUUUUUGUUGCAACAAACAGACUAAGUGCUGUUCAUUUUCGUUAGUUGGAUUUAGAUAAAUGCAUGUAAAUAAAAAAAGCCCCAAAAACGUGAUUAUAACGUGUUUAAUGAAAAAAACAGCAUAAAUCUUCUGACUGGUGCUGUAACAUCUUUAAAGGGUAGCAGUGAGCAGUGUUUGUUUAAUUGAACAUGAACUGUUUCUGUUGUCAAUUGGGAGCUACUAAGUAUUGCCAGCUUGCAAGAUAGCUAAUCAUGUAAUUCGGACACUUGCCAUUGUUAAAAGUUGCAUACAAUUAACAAAAAGUAGUUGUUUAUGUGGCUGUUAAUUUUCAGCUGAAAUAUCGUGACAGGCCUCAUAGUAACCCUUCAGGUCCACACUGUCUUUGAAAACACUCUUCUCCACAGUAGGAGCAACCAAGGCUAUUCUCUCGUUCUCUGGACCUUGCAAUGCUGGUAGAGGACAGUGGUCUUCCUGUAGGCCACCUGACCAAAGACCUGCACCUGAGAGAGAACAGACUGAUGAAACACUGCUUUCCCUCUCACAUACACACUUCCAACUUCCCACUUUCUCUUCGUAUCUACGUAUUCAACUGCUGGAUGGCGUGGAGGCUGCCUCGAACAGUAACCUCUGAGUUUGCAUCACUGUUUGGUCGCUCUCCUUCACCGUGAGAGCGUCCAGGGCGGCGGAGAACUGUUAGCCAGGAAAGGGAAAAACAGCUGACCUUAGGGCCGCACAGAGUAUUGCUUGUAUUGUCCUUCUCAGUAUCUCAGAAGAUUACAAUGGGUAAAUGUACCUCAGACCAGUCGCUCUGUUUUACUGUGUGCUGUGAGCAUAAAGAUGAAUCACAGAUGUUCUCUGGAUGCCUGGAUGAAUCACUGCAUCCACGCGAUCCAACAAAUAAGUUGGGGAGAAAAUAAAGUGUUUAGCCACAUCACACCGAGCUUUCACAGAUACAUAUCACAGUAUACAAUUGUAUGCAAAAGUUUGGUUACCCCUGUUCAAAUGACGGGCCUUGUGUUGAUUUUCUAAGUGAAAAUAUAAGAGCACACCCUGUAGAGAGAAAGCACUGCUCAUUUUAAUGCACAAGUGCUGUUUGCCUGCCAUUUAAAGCUGCACUAUGCAAGUAUUUUCUGGUUAAAAUUGUAAGAAGUGGCAUUACCGAGUGCGUGCGCUUAUGUUAGUUGCCCUGGAAGGCCUGAAAUAAUCAAAUAAAAGUCAGAGAAGAUUUCUCAGGCAACCUCAUACGCAUCUUUACAUAUUAACCCCUUUAAAUCUCAGGCUUAUUACAUAUUAUGUAAUAUUAAGUAUUAUUACAUAUUAUGGCUUAUUGUUAUGUAACUACAGGCACUUCAGUGCAAACUGGCUGAGCAAUUCUUAGGUUUUAGAAGUGUGUAGUGAAGCUUUGGGCCUGCUGGGGGGCCUUUUAGGGGGUUAGCUUCAUACACACAGGCUCAGAAAGAAGGUCCGUCUCGAUGUUUAGGCCUAAAAUGCAAAAUCAAAGUUAUGUUGAUGAAGAUAGGAUGUCAGUAGUAGAUCAUUCAGAGUUCUCUUUAUACUCACUUUAACUUGUUGCAGUCAUCAGUUCCAUCAUCCACAAAGGGGUCCAUGAAGCACAUUACAGAGCUGUUCCCUGAGGAUGUGUUAAUGGAUUUUCACUUAGAAAGCCAACAAAAUGUCAUUUUAGUUUUUUCAUACAAUUGUAUGAAGCAAUAUCAUCAUAAUAUGUUAUCUUGGCAAUCUAAUCCAGCCCCAAUUCACACGAAGGGUGUGAGUUUAUACUCCCUUCUGGUUACUUAGUCUUUAUCUCUUUUUUUUUGCCGCAGCUGCUGACCCCUACACUACCUGGACACGCUCUUUUGCUUUUUUAUAGCGUGAAAAAGUCUUUUUCAUCACAGCUUGGACGGCUAUUAGAGGCACACUGUGCACGUUUACUCGGCCUGGAUCGGUUUUAGUUGAGAGAUUAACUACAGGAGAAGAAAAACGACCUCCUCUCUCUCCGUGUUGCAAUGACAUCACCUUGGUGGUGCGCCAGUUUGUGUAAAGGGGGGGAAAUGUGCACCCCUCCCUGUGACCUGAUGCUCGUUUUCACCAGAGAAGCUUUCAUCAUGUCCAAUGACGACGCUAAAAAGGAAAAACAUCUCACUCAGAGAGCAAGAAAACGAAACUGGCCGCGUCUUCCUUGGAACGAAGUGUUGCCUUUGCUGGAAGGCCCCCCCCCACCCCAGGGCUGUGACAGUUGAUCCUUCUUUUGUGUUGAGAUGAGUGCUGUUUUUAGACGCAGGUGUGGUUACUGAACAUCAGGCUUGUGUUACCUUCUUAACUGAGGCACAGGAGGUCAAACCUUAUGGACCUGAGAGACUUUUGUAUAGCAAACAGGGUAACAAGUGAAGUCAUGUGACGUUUAAUGUAAUUCAGUACGACCCAGGGUUGAUCAUUGCCAGCUUAAUUGACUGUGAAGGUGAAUGGACGGUGAUGUCACAGUGUAAACUCUGGGGCUUAUAAAGGAAAAAGACCAUUCGGGCCGGUUGCCCUUUAUUUGCAGGUGCCUGGGGUCCGACUGUGCCACUAGAGAUGCCUACCUUACUGCUAAUGCCUUACUGCUAAUGUUUAACCAAACAUCGCUUACAUGCCAGCACUGAAAAUGCCCCAGACUGCACAUUAGCAUCACUUGGUGCUAACUGUGAUUGGUUCGUUGUGGUUUUUAAUCAGAAAGGCUCCUAACUUUGUUCUGGAGCCCAAGGGGAGUCUGUCACACAGUGAAGCUCCCGGUCACCUUCAGUACUUCCUUAAAAUAUCUUUGUUAAUGAAUGUCCCAGGCACAUGUAUCAACUAUCACAGGCGUUUAUUCUUUUGUUUUGCAUGUGAAUUUCCUCAUUUUCCUGAAUUUGGGGAUGUUUUGUUUUGCAGUUUUUGAGAAUUUGCAGUUCUCAGCCAGCGUAGACCUCUGAGGUGUGUAAUUUUGUAGUUGGCCUCACACCAAUGUUUGGGGCUCCGGCUCUAGGCAGAUUUCUUUUGUAGUGCCACUUCUUAAAAAUUGCUGCUUUUGUGUCCUGAGGAAAACGAAAACAUUUCAACCCCCAUGGGGAAUCCUCAGGGCCUUAAGAGAACACCUGUGAUUUCUGUGAAAUAAAAAAAAAAAUCCAUGUCAGUCAUUUUUGUUGAUUUUUUUAAAUAUAUUCAUCAUGCUGCAUUUAAAACUCCUCAAAUAUGAUGGUAAUA